GCUCCUACGAGGACGUCCAGGAAAAUUUCCGCUGAUACUAAAAAGUUUUUCUUUCACCUCGGAAAAGAACACCACCUCGGAGAGCCAAAAGCAAAUACAUAUACAGAAUGUCUUUGAUGGAACGUGGGAAUGUCCGGCCAGUGACCGCUGUGGCCUGGGCCUCCAACUCUGGCACUUGCCCCAAAGAUUUCACCCUUAUCAGCCUCACAGAAGACGGAGCAUCAGCAAAUUUUACACGCACCUUUGGGAUGAAGUCUGGAUAUUACCUCUGUUUUAGCAAGGACUCAGCAGGUGGUAUGGUAGUGUCUGACAUCCGGAUUCUUUCUGAUAAGGACUCGCUUCCUCAUGGUUACUGCUUUAUAGCCGAACAUCUUGAACCAAAGGCCACAGUUUCCAAGAAAAAACGUGUGUGCGUACGCAUCGUCCCAGUGGGCAGUGUGGAAACAGCUGUGUUGGAUAUCAAGCUGACAGCCAAAAGCAAAAUGAUGUUGCAGCAUUACACAUUUGUGGGAGACAUCCACGGCUAUGUGCUGUGGUACAGAAAAGGUUACUUUUCUAAACCCACGCCUCAAGCUAAGCCCCGCAGUGUCAGCCUGGACAUCCGCCAACUUUCCUUAGAGCAGCCGUCUCCUCCUCUACCCCUCAGACCUAGCAACCCUCCUCCUCCCCAAUUGCCACCCAGCAGACUUAGUCACAGACGCCACACUCUUCAAACAAAGGAUGAGUUAGACAAACCUGCUGAUGGAAGCAUCCAUGGAAUUACAGCUCUAGAUGGCGUUCCUUUCAGCCUCCACCCAAAAUUUGAAACCCAGGCAAAUGAGACGAACUCGGAUUUGAAUAUUCCCAUAAAGUCUCUCCAAGACAUUGAAAAUGAGUAUAACUACACAUUCACCGUGGAGGAAAAUGCUGCCAAGAGGAUCAGACCAUCAGUACAGAUGGCAGGGAUCCCGUCAACUCAGUGAUGCUUGCACUUUGUCAAAGUUACAAAAUAAAAUGUUCUGUUAUUCUGUUCUCUCCAGAGGGCAUUUGCCAAUCAUGCUACAAGUAAAGGAUAAUCAUCCCUCCAGUUAGGUUUAUAUUUUCAGGCUUUAAAAGGUCAACUCUGGAGACCCCUAUUUAAGUCUUGAUCCAGAUUUCCAUUUUCAAGCGUUUAAAGUUUCUAUCUGCCAAAGACAAGGCCUAUUUUAGCAAGGUCCUAAAUGUAAGUGCCUUUAACAGUAUAACGGCUCCUUUCUGGUUAAAGAUGUUGUGAACAUAUGGCUUAAGUUCAUUCUUUUCUUUAACAUGCUUAAUUUCCAAAUUUAGAAAACUUCUGUGCUGACAUACGAAGGUGCACCUUCGUAUGCUCUGUUGUGUGGUGUCCAAUACAGUUUACCGUUAGAUAUUUUUGAAGAAUUGUACUAAGUGGCCUUAGUGAAUACAUUUUCCUACAAAUGAUGACUCAUUAGAUACACUAAUAUAUCUCAAUAUAGACUAUGGUGCAUUUCUUAUAUGAAGAAUACUAUCAUUUUUUUAUUAUUUCAAAAAAAUGUGUACAUAAAUAUAAAUAUGUUAUUUAAAGGUGAAUAUAGUAGAUUGAAUCAUUUUUGAAACACUUUCUCUGUAUAUUAGUUACUUAAAGAUUUGUGGUAAUAAGGAGAGCUCAUCACUUUUUUUUUUAAGACCAAAUAUUUCAUCAGUGUAUAAUGUCGUUUUACUAUCUCUUUAACAUGUGCUACAUGGGGAAAAUAAAAAC